AUGCCUACAGUAACAAUACCAACUAUACCUACAAUACCAACUAUAUCUACAAUACCAACUAUACCUACAAUACCAACUAUACCUACACUUCCAACUAUACCUACACUUCCAACUAUACCUACAAUACCAACUAUACCUACAAUACCUUCAAUAACAUUUUCAACUGCACCACCAACAACACCUCCUCCAACUGUUCCAACUAUAGCACCAACUACAGCACCAACUACGGCACCAACAACAAUAUUUCCGAACUGCAUCUGCGUACUGAUAUCGCAAUGCGCUCCUAAUGGAAUAGUCACCAUCUCUGGCGAGGGUGUAAUAGAUCCGCGGUACGGACUGUGCCCCGGCAACCUGAUCUGCUGCAGGAUAUUGGUGAAUACGAUGCAGCCACCGACGAGCUCUGCGACUACGGUGACCACGAUACCACCCACAGUUACGACCGUACCAUCUAGGCAGACGCAACUGUGCUUUGUAUGCGGCAACGUCACUGUAUGUUACACCUGCAUGGUCAUCAUGAUGCCCGGCGGUGGUACCAUGAUAGACCCCAGAUUCUCUGAGGUCUUGUCACAGGGAAAUAUCUGCACGGCGACGAACAUACCGUCCUGCAGUCUGAGCACGUCGCCACGCGCGUCGAUUACGGAUCUGGGCCCGUUGAAAAAUCCGGGUACGUCGCAGGAGUGUUACUGCAUAAAGACCUGGCUGUGUUCUGAAGGGAACGCGGUCAGUCCGGACGGUCUCGGUAUAAUUGAUUCGCGAUUCACGUUGUGCUUGGCGGCGGACGAAGUGUGCUGUCGGCGCACAGGUAUCAAUCUUCAGGGCAACCCCGGCACCUCAUCUCGAGAGCUAUUGAACGGACUACCCAAUCGCUCGACUUCGCAAAAUGCUUGUGGUAUACCGAACAAUAGUUAUGCGCCGCGUAAGUAUAAACUGUAUAGUUGUUAUAUUUGUUAA